GUCGAUGACGCCGAUUGACAAUCAAGACAAAGAUUGCUGAAGUCGACGCUCUCAAGAUUUCCUCAGCAGCCCGGCUCCCAUGGCCAUCGAUGGUGAUGGUACAUAAAUGCGACGUCGGGUACACGCCUGGUCGUGGUCGUGUCCGCCAGUCCGCUUUAACAUUCACUCCACCUCCUCCGCGAUCUUAUCGAUUCGGCCCAAGAGCAGUGUAACCCCUUAAACUUACACCCACAUCAUCUACAUUAUCAUCGUCUCUAGCCUGCACCAGUCCCUUUUUACGUCUAACCUACCCUACCAGUCAAGUCCCUUCCAUGGCCGUCGACCCCGUCUUCCGCAUCGCACCAACCAGCCAGUCGUAUGACUGGGGCAAGGUCGGCGACGACUCCAAGGUUGCCCAGCUAUCUGCCGGGGCGGGCAUUCCGGGCUUUACCGUCAAGCAGUCUACUCCAUAUGCCGAGCUAUGGAUGGGCACUCACACCAAGUCGCCCUCUGGCGUGAUUGGCUCAAGCAACACCCUCCCUCAGUUCCUCGCCCACUACCCACAGCUAAUCGGCAAAUCCGUCUCGACCCGCUUCGACACCAAGGACGGCAACCUACCCUUCCUCUUCAAGGUCCUCGCCAUCGAGAAAGCACUCAGCAUCCAGACCCACCCAGACAAGGAGACGUCCGAGCAGCUGCACGCCACCGAGCCCGACAUCUACAAAGAUCCUAAUCACAAGCCCGAGAUGGCACUCGCCCUCACGCCGUUCAAGGCGCUCUGCGGGUUCAUGCCCCUCCCCUCCAUCCAGGCCUACCUCCACGCCGUACCCGAGUUCGCCGCGCUCAUCCCGCCCGCCAUCUCCCAGCCCUUCCUGCUGCUCACCCCAUCCUCGCCCGAGGCCGACCAAAAGAAGCUUCUCCGCGACCUUUUCGCCGCCCUCAUGACCGCCGACGCCGACGAGUUCCAGCCGCAGCUUGCCAAGCUCGUCGCACGGUACGAGACCGCGUCCGUCGCAGGCGGUGCGGUGGCGGGUGGCGCGCUCGAGGCCGUGGAGGAGUGCGUGCGCGAGCUGGUGCUGACGCUGAACGAGCAGUUUCCGGGCGACAUUGGGGUGUUUUGUGUGUUUGUGCUUAACUAUGUGACGAUGGCACCGGGCGAGGCGAUCUUCCUGGGCGCUGGGGAGCCACAUGCGUAUGUGUCUGGAGACAUCAUGGAAUGCAUGGCCAACUCAGACAACGUCAUCCGCGCCGGCCUGACCCCCAAAAUGCGGGACGUGCCCAACCUCGUUUCCGUGCUCACAUACGCGCCCUCGGCCGUGUCCAAGCACAUGGUCCAGCCCACGCCGUUCGCCGGCGCGCACGCCACGCUGUGCUACGACCCGCCGGUGCCGGACUUCACCGUGCUGCAGACGACGCUCGCGCCGGGCGAGCCCGAGGCGCACCGCGCGAUCGCGGGGCCGUCGAUCGCGAUCGUCGUCGAGGGCGCGGGCGCGGUCGAGUGGGAGGGCCAGAAGUCGCUGGAUCUGCAUUCGGGGAACGUUAUCUUUAUUGGGGCGGGUACGCCGGUGAACUUUAGCGCGAGGUAUGGGACGCUGGUGGUGUACCGCGCGUUUGUGGAGGUAUAGAGCUGGGCAGGGGUGGUGAGGUGACCAGAUCGAUAGAAGAGGGAGGGGAGGAGUCGGUGUCUUCAGGCAGACAGGCAGACAGGCAGACAGGCAGGCAGGCAGAUGGAGGUUACUGGUUUUAGUUUAUGUAUUUUGUAUCAUCAUUCAUCGACACUUUUAUCGAGGGGAGUUUAAUACCUUACCCCGACCUCUUUUCCACGUGGACACUCGGUCGAAUCUCAACAGUGCAAAGCUCGCGGGCAACGCAAUCAACAUGGAAUGAUGAUAUCAAAAAAUCCCCAAUAAAUCAGAAGUGGAUAACAUGUGGCGCCACGACCGAGUCGAACGCUCUCCACUCGUGCGGGUUGAACCCCGCGCACUUGCGCACCUCCAGAUACAGCGGCUCGACACGGUGCGUGCGCUGUGCCCGCUCCAGGAUGCCCUCCGCGAGCGCCGGCCGACCGGGUUUGGUGCGUCGGUGUUCCUCAAGCGUGCACCCUGGCCCCUCGUCCGCCUUGACGCUCCAGUGCUUCUCCUCUGUUGGCGGUCCAGGUAUCAUCAAAUCUGAGUCCCCUGGGCAGCACCGACGCGAGUGCGUUUCUUGACUCGAAGGCGACAGAGCCGCGACGAGGUCGUCCGUGCGCCCGGCUGCGAGCCUGAACGCGCGCAGCCCGUCCAUAUGCGCAAGCAGCGCCGUGAGCGCGAGCGCGGGAAGCCCGCCGCCGCCGCCGCCGCCGGUGAUGCCCGCGCGCACGACGCCGGCGAGCGCGAAUGUGGUGUCCGCGGCGCUGGCGAUGGUCGUGAGUGCGUGCUGGGGCAAUGUGUAGAUCAGAGAGAACACGGGGCGCAGCGAGUCGGGCUGGAGCUCGGGUGGGGUUGGACGGUGACGCCGGCUGCCACCAGCGGAGACGAGGUGGUCGAAUAGUGUGCGCUGGGCUGAUGUAGUGGUGUGUGGCCAUGCGGAGAACGAGAAGGCGGGACGCAUGUCUGCAUCGGGGUGUACGAGGAGGCUGAGUGUGGAUAUGAAUCUAGCCGGGGGAAACGCAGGUUCCGUUAUUUCCGAGACGGGUCCCGUCCGUAAGGCCGAUUCGUUCUCGGGGGAACCGGAACUUGUGUUUGAAGGUCCGUUUUAUACACGCAUGUGCUGCAGCAGCUGGUGAAGGAGGGAAAAGUCCUGCUGGGGUGAGUAAGAGUGUUCGUAGUGCAGAUCGACGUGCACGAGCGGCGCACAGAGCCGGAGAUGCGAUACGAGUUGUGUACACUGCGCAACUGAGCCCUUCAGGCUGAUCUCCCUGAGCCGCGGAAGGGCCACAGAGGGCAGCGGAUCGCCACUAGCCCCGUUGUCCCGCUGAUUCCCCAGGACACUCCAAAGCGGAUCUGGAUCUUCCACGGCAGACAGGAAAAGCGUCUUGUGCAGCGCGAGCGCCUCCAGCAGCGGCAUCCUUGACAGCAUCGUGAGGAGUAUGUACAUCGUCGGAUGCGACGAAGGCGGGACCUCGUCGAUGUCGAGCCGCGUCAGACGUUCCAGGCGCAGACGAGGCCAGUCGACCGCGCACCCCCUCAGCGAGAGGCUGCGCAGGUUCGGCGCCGCACCGCGCAGGAGGUGCGUCGGGAGACACGCGACGGGGUGGUCCUCGAACCGGCCCUGGAUCUGCCGCAUCGAGAGCAUCAGCGUGUGCAGCAUCGGCGCCUCCACCUUAUCAGUAAUCGCUCUCGCUCCCUGGGCCUCCUCGUCUUCGCCUUCGUACCGGCCCAAGUCCCCGAAGCCAGGCUGCGGCUGCGGCUGCGGCUGCGGCUGCGGCAGUCCCCGCGUCAUCGCCUUAGAC